AAAUAAAGCUUCCGCAUUUCGAAUCAUCAUGGCAGCCGGUAAAGCGUCCUUGGCGGCGCUUGGACUUCAGUUUUGUGUGGGAAAUAAGCUUUUGUCGAAGUCAAACUUGCCUUGUAUUAUCAGCCGUGUUAGAAGAGGUUUUUCCACAAGUGUUUUGUCUCAGACUAUUGACGAGUCCAGCGCCUCGACUUCUCCCAGCAGUAGCUGUUUUGGUGGACCUUUGGAGCAUUACAACAGUCUUGUACGGGAUGGACAGCUACGAGAAGAUCUGCAGCAAAGAGCCGUUGUGGAAAAACUGGAUCAGAUGCAGAAGAAUCUCAGAGGAUACAACAAUGACCACUCAACAUUUUUUUCAAAGUUUAUCUCCAAGCGAAAGCCACCAAAAGGUUAUUACAUUUUUGGAGAUGUUGGCACAGGAAAAACUAUGGUUAUGGACAUGUUUUUUAAUCAUGUAGAGACGGAGAAAAAAAAAAGGGUCCAUUUUCACGGAUUCAUGUUGGAUGUGCAUAAACGAAUCCAUCGGCUCAAACAAAGCUUGCCCAAGAGAAAAGUGGGAAGAAUGGCAAAGGCAUACGAUCCUAUCGCACCGGUUGCUGAAGAAAUCAGUGAAGAGGCCUGCCUGCUGUGUUUUGAUGAGUUUCAGGUCACCGACAUUGCAGAUGCCAUGAUCCUCAAGCAGCUCUUUGAGAACCUCUUCCUGAAUGGGGUUGUAGUUGUUGCCACGUCCAAUCGCCCUCCAGAUGAUCUGUACAAAAACGGAUUACAGAGGGUGAACUUUGUGCCCUUCAUAGCUGUGCUAAAGGAGUACUGCCAAACAUUACGUCUGGAUUCUGGAAUAGAUUACCGGAGGAGAAAUCGCCCUGCAGCGGGAAAACUCUUCUACCUUUCUAGUGAACCUGAUGUUGACGCAACACUCGAUAAGCUGUUUGAUGAGAUGGCCUUCAAACAGAAUGAUAUUACCCGACCCAGAUCUCUAAAGGUACAUGGCAGGAUACUGACACUUGAUAAAGCAUGUGGGACCAUUGCAGACUGCACUUUUGAGGAGCUUUGUGACCGGCCUAUAGGAGCCAGCGACUACCUGGAGAUCUCUGCUGUGUUUGACACGGUUUUCAUCAGAAACAUUCCUUUGCUCACUUUGAACAAGAAGACCCAGGCCAGACGCUUCAUAACUCUCAUCGACACGUUAUAUGAGCACAAGGUUCGAGUGGUGCUAAAGGCUGAAACCCCAUUAGAUGAUCUGUUUGUCCAUGAACAUCACGAUGAUCACGAUCCUCAUGAGACCCAUGUUUUACUGGACGAUCUGGGCAUUUCAAGGGAUGCAGGCAGCUCGCUGGCCAUCUUCACGGGUGAGGAGGAGGUGUUCGCCUUUCAAAGGACGGUUUCUCGCCUCACCGAGAUGCAGACGGAGGAGUACUGGGUUGCAGGAGAUCGGAGCACCAACUAGCUUUUAUCAUUAUAACUCCAUAUACAGCGCCCAUCUCAACUAUCAUAAGACUCAGCCUCUCUCUGGGGCUUGGGAUCAACUCCAUUUUGAUUUGGUGAGGACUGUGUUUUUAAUAAUGCUGCACUUUAUAAACGCACAUGCAAAUGAACGUGACACUAGCCUCGUCUCUGAGGUUUUUGGUCUGGAAGGAUGGGCAGAUGGUAUGUUGGAUAAAGAUGGAUGUGGAUCUGCCAAUGAAACGUUUGAAAUCAGGCUGCCUUUCUGGUUAUGUAAGUGGUUUGUGUUUUAUUGAUGACAUUUGGUGGUCAGAUGGCUGAUAUGCAACCUAUUUAAGAUGAACAUUUGCAUUCAAAUGCAUUAAAAUAUUUGAACAACUUUUA